UUGGAUACGUUGCAGGCCGGAAGAAGCGCUCCACCAGAAUUGCCAGCAACGGAAGAAACCAGGACGAUCGAACCGAAGAAGGAUAUUUCAGUCAAAACUGCCAUUCGGAAAGGUCAAAUUUACAUGUUCUCAGUAAUUAUGAUGACCUAUUCUGAUGGACAUGCCGAACAAAGUGAAAGGAUCUGUGGAGAAGCGGACGAAAGCGUCUCACCGGUUUUUUUUAGCAAAGAUGAUACUUUACAUACUGCCGAAGUAGCCGAAAAACAGCAGCAGCAACAACAACAACAACAACAAGCACCAUCCGAAACUAGCGCACCAUCUAUUCCCUUAAAGUAA